GAUUACUCAGCGCACUGUGUACGUGUUCUCAUCCCGGCUCAACCUGCUCCGCUCAUCGCCCUGUCUUCAUCCCGCCGAGGCUCUUUUACGACGGACAGAAAAAAACACUAAGGUGAUGGGGGAAUGACAACAACACAUGUGCUCGUCUUUGGUUCUCCGCCAAGCAGAAAGCCCCAGCAGGAUGCCGCUGCCGUGCAGCCCGCGGUGCGGCCGCCAGCGCCGGGCCUGCGUGCUGCUGCUCACCGCAGUGCUGCUCCACACCGUCCCCGUCAGCGCCAGCCUGCCAGCUCAGGUUAGGUGCCCGUCACCUCUAGACUGUGUCCAGCAGAGGCGCCACCAGUGCCAGCCGGGCUCAUCUGACUGCGGUCUGUGCCUCUAUCCAUUUCAGGAGAAUGAACAUGGACUCUGUGUGCUGAGGACACGACACCAACAUGGCAAAGUGACGCCCUACUCCGACCUGGACGAAGAAAUAGAUUUCAUUCACUCCGUCAUAGAAAAGCAGGAAGUGUUUGAGAAGAAACCAUCAAAAAAUCAACAGCAACAUGCUGUUUCCAUCUCCUUUGAAGCAGAUGUCAAAGACAGCAAGACAAAUGCCUCCAAACAGAAACUCCUUCCAGAUAAAAGCUUGCGUGGCAGCACGACAGCCCCACGCCCCAGCGGCACCGCCGUCCCAAAAACACCAACCUCCCAGCCCCGGGCCACUGGAAAUGAUAACCGAGCUGGUCCAAUAGUCGUACCACGACCCAAGAAUGACACCAUUAUUGUCAUUAUGAUCUCGCUGUGUGUAGUGGUGGGCUCUGUGGCUGUGAUCCUGGCUACUAUCUGCUUCAUUAAGUUUCAGAAUAAAUCCCGUCUAGCUGAGAAGGUGGAUUACCCUGGUUUCGGGGGGCCAGGCGUCACCGCUGCCCCACCCACCGGGUCUUCGAUGGGGGAUAAGUCUCUGGCUCAAAGCGCCCAAAUGUAUCACUACCAUCAUCAGAAGCAGCAGAUGCUCUCUAUGGGGAACCACAAACCAGAGCAGAAGGUUGUUGACAGCGAGGUCACGUCCGAUGAGGAAGAAGUGGGAGGAGGCUUCACAGUUUACGAGUGUCCCGGACUUGCUCCGACAGGAGAGAUGGAGGUGAAGAACCCUCUGUUUGAUGACUCAACUAUCGAUUAUCAGGGGAAUCACAAGUGAAUGCUGAACAAUUUAGAAACGACCCAUGCAUACAGAGGCACAUAAGACCUUUCUUUUGAAAGAAACCUCUUCAUUUCACACUGCAUGCAUAUAAAUCUGGGAUGCGGUGAUAAAAUGAUUGUUCUCUUGUCAGUCUUUUAAUAUAUCUGCCCCACUACAGCUUUUUAAUACUACAAACAUAUGAAGGAUCACCUGUUUAUUUCUGUCAGUCUCUUGGAAAAACUCCUGUCUUUUAAUGUUAUUUAAAGAUAUUUCCGUGUAGGUGUCCAUCCUGUUUAAAUGUUAAAAUCUAAGUUAAUAUGUUUUUUCCUCUCUACUCUUUGAACCUCCAACAUAUUUCUGCAGCUAUUUCCAAAGAAUAUGAUACAAUAGCAGAUGAUCUACAUCACAGAGACAUUUGCAUAACAAUUUUCCGAAGUGAAUGCCCUCCUUUUUUUGUUUUGUCAUGUGACUUAACCUCAACCCUGACCUCAUUUCUGGAACAUAUUUGUGAUCAAAUCCAAUACCUCUGUAAAAGCCCCCAAACAAAAUGAAGUUUAUCUAACUGUUACUGUUGGUGUUGCUAUUUUUCCAUGUCAUAUACGCUGUACAUGAAGAUUUUAAGAUAGUUUAUAGGUAUAUUAAUAUAGAUGAAAACGAAGUACUCACUGAUGACUGUUGCAUGGUUUGGCUAUACUGUGUUUAAAGUCAUGGCAAAGCUUUGAUUAACCCGUCUGCCUCCUGUGUGUAUGCACCCUGUGACUGCAGGAGGGAAUCUAACGUAAAAGUGACUUCUUGAAUUAAGUGUUGGAGACGAGUUACACAGACGGAUGUUGCUGUGGCAACUAUCAUGAUGUUGUGUUGACCCUCUUUCCUUUCUGUCCGCUUAUCGGUCCCAGGCUGCUGCAAAAUGUACAUAAAAAAGAGUGAUAGUAUUCACUUUUCUAGAUAUUUGUACAUGCAGACUAAAGAUUGGAAUUAAAACUUUUUACCACAUGUGAAACAGGCUGAGCUUUUUAUUUGCUGUGAUAAUGGUAUUAUGGUUUCAUAUCACAGUUUCAUAUCAGAACCUAAAAUGACUGUUCCUAAAUGUUUUUUGUUUUUUUGCUUUUUUUUUUUUACAUUAGUAGCUAAAAAAUGACAAAUUCAAGUCUUAAAGUCUUGUAAAUCUACUCCCCUUAAAAAAAAAAGAAGAAAAAUCCAAAGUACAAGAACACUCAUGCAGACUCAGACCCAACAUUUUCCAAAGUAUUUAACUUCUUUGCCAUCGCUGGUGAAUUUUGUAAGGUUAAUCAGAACUAUGUGUGAUGUAUAACAUCACCCUUUCAUGCUCUUGUUUCCUGGCCAAUGUUUGGCUUAAGGUGUUUCUCCCACUAAGGGAGUUUUUUACCUGCCAUUGUUUAUGUAAUUCAUUCUUGGGGGUCAUGUUCUCGGUCUCUGGAAAGCGCCUAGAGACAACUUCUGUUGUAAUAGACGCUAUAUAAAUAAAAUUGAAUUGAAUUGCAUUGAACUCUUGAGCCUGACUUCUGCUGUAAAUAAAAGUUAAGACAAAUUUUAGGGAC